CUGGAGUCCGAUUGCUUUCGAGCCCGGCGCAGGAUUUCACCGACGAGGGAAGGCGUGGGUCGAAUUUUUCGGUGCAAGCUCGCCUCUGUGCCUGCGCUCGGCUCGGCCUGUUCCGGCUGAUGUCCAUCUUCACGUAUUUCGGGUGAACGCAGUCUCUAGCUCAUUGGAUCCGGGGUGGCCUCGACGCGUGUUUUGGAUCGCGAGAAUCCGGCGGAAGUCAUCGUUCAAGGAAGAAAAUCGAGAGCUGAUAGAUUGGUCGGAUGAGUGUGCGUAGAUUGAAUGUCGUGAGUUUUUCGUGCGUACGUGGGGAAAUCCGGGCAAUUUGGGAGGAUAGUGCAAGUGGAAACGUGGAUGCGCUGAAAUGAUUUGAUUGUUCGACGAAAAAACGGAGUUUAUUUAGUUCAUGGGCGCGAAGUGUUCAGACGUUGAGCUGUGCAUGAGAAGCUGACGUUCUGAGGAAUCACGAGGAGCAAAUUCGGACAAGAGUUGUUACUUUUGCGAGCUGCCGAGAGCUGCAGUGCAGAGAAGUGGAUUAUUUAAGAAUGAAUGAGGUUUGAAUGAAGCUGGUAGUGGGUUCGAGCAAUCACUCGUGCGGAUUUUUCUAAUGUGCUGCGAAGUUUAUUAGAUUACAUUCAGGACCCAGUUGGGGUUCAAGUUUGAAUGAUCGAAAGGGAAGGAGAUUGAGACAGAGGAGAAGGGCUGAAGGUCGGGAGGAAAUCUUGAAUUCGGCGGGUCAGCUGCCCUCUGUUUUAAUGCGGAAAGCUUCUGCAUUCCGCAGAUCAUGGUCGUAUCAUCUGUAUAGGGCUUCUGUGCGUGAAAGCACUGGAUUGCUCGUGCGAAGCCCGCAAUUGAGCUUGUUUCAUACGGAAUCGUCUCCGUCUUCCACAGCAAAGAAUUAUGAUCGAGUCAACUCCAACGAUCAUCGUCCACCAAAAUCCCUGAUUGUCCGAGUAGACGACAGUCAAGCUACUGUGCCUUCAAUCUUUGGAUGCAAAAGCUACGUAUCUGCAACCGGAGUAUCCAAACCGCCUGAAUCAACAACAACCGCGGGGAGCUUGGAUGUCUUCUUGCCAAAAACCAUUCCGAGAUUGCUGCGCCAAGAUAUCUACAGGCCAGCCUUUAUCAGUGGAGCUCACGAAAGGGCUUCGUGUACCACUGGAGGUCUUGCUUCGGCUGGAAAUGACGCUGAGAACUGUGCCAAGAAAUUCGAUUGUGGACAGGAAUCUUACCUGGAUGCCAAGUUUCAAGAUACCUGGUCAUUUUAUCUGAAACAGGGGCCUUAUGGAAGAAAUUGUGGCGAGGAAUUCCACCAAGAGUUACAAACUCAAAUACGAAAGGUGCAGGGCUUUCUUGCGGAUUUUGAAGACAGCGAUUCUCGUAACCCAGUCCAACGAGAGAAAGGAUACCCUAAAACUGGCGCUGUAUAUUGGAAUUGGAACGGUGCUCCCCUGGGUUUGGGAUUAUCAUCGUCUUUGACGUUCCCGGGCAUAUCUGGGAGGUUCCCUCGGCGAGCCAGCAUCUGCACUGCUCCUUCGCCAUCCCAACGCAGAUCGUUCAGCUCAGGAGUUGCUCCACCAACUAAAAGCGAGACGACUGCUGAACCCCUGGCCCGUGAUUACAGCCAGAGGGCCGUGGUUACCGCAUUGUGGUGUAAUUUCCUUGUAUUCUGCUUGAAGCUGGGGGUUUGGAUGAUGACCUCCAGUCAUGUUAUGCUGGCUGAAGCCAUUCACUCGUUGGCAGAUUUGGCAAAUCAAGGUCUUCUGGCAUAUGGUCUAAUGAGUUCAAAACGGGCUCCAGAUGCAAUGCACCCGUAUGGCUAUACAAAGGAGCGAUUUGUUUGGUCUUUGAUCUCAGCGGUCGGCAUCUUUUGUCUUGGUUCCGGUGCCACCAUCAUUCAUGGAGUGCAAAAUCUCUUCAGUGCACAGCCUCUGGAGAAUGUCUAUUUGGCAGCGCUGGUCAUAGGUGGAUCAAUGAUCAUGGAAGGGGCAUCUCUUCUGGUAGCCAUCAGUUGUGUUCGGAACGGGGCAAAAGCUGAAGGCAUGACCAUGCGAGACUACCUCUGGCGUGGUCAUGAUCCUACGUCGGUUGCCGUAAUGAUGGAGGAUGGUGCAGCCGUUACAGGUCUUGGAAUUGCGGCUUGUGCUUUGGCAGCUGCUCAUUAUACAGGAAAUCCGAUGUGGGAUCCUAUAGGCUCAAUCGUAGUUGGCAAUCUGCUUGGCGGGGUAGCCAUAUUUCUCAUACAACGCAAUCGACAUGCUCUGCUUGGACGAUCUAUGGACGAUAAAGACAUGAUGCGUGUGAUUACUUUACUCUCAAAGGAUCCGGUAGUGGAUGCUAUUUAUGACUGCAAAAGCGAGGUGAUUGGUCCUGGUGCAUAUCGGUUCAAGGCCGAGAUUGAUUUUAAUGGUGUAGUUAUUGUGCAAAAUUAUCUGAAGAAAGCUGGACGUGGGAACUGGCAUAAAGAGUUUCACGAAGCAGUGAGUGGCACAGAGCCAGGUCACUUGGACCGAGUUAUGGCUGCUUAUGGAGAGGAGAUCGUAUCAGCUCUCGGUAGCGAGGUGGAUAGAUUGGAGAAAGAAAUCCAGAAGAUUGUUCCUGGAAUACGCCAUGUUGACAUUGAGGCCCACAACCCACAAGGUCCAGCCCCUCGAGAAAAGCUCUACAUAUACUGAUAUCAAUACGGUGUGGUGUACAAAUACAGACCCAUUUGUGGGUCCCUCAAAGAAGAACACGAAUAUAGAACUUGCUCAUUACAAGCAUGCCUUGGGCUAUUUGUCCGUUUUCAAAGUACCACAAUUUUAGUCUUCACGAAGUCAGUUAUUUGUUCUCAGCUAACACAAAUUUACCGUUUAAGUUCGAAGAAAAUGUUCGUU